AUUUUGUGAGGGUCGAGACCCUUCCUCCACUGAGUGGGAGCUGGAAGGUUUAACAUAUUAUAUGGGAGAGGAAGUUUGCUUCUAUUCUUCAGCUCAUUUCCUGAGCCACCUUCAGGGUUUCUGAGUACAGUACGUGCAGAGUUUCCCCCACCUCGUUCAGCAUCCACGGUUACAUGGAAGGAAUUCCAGGUUGACCCAGCAGAAAAGCAAUUUAUAAACAUUUAGGAGAUAAUAAUCCCCACACCUCCAACUUAAAAGAACACCAGGAAGCAUGACUGGGAAAGGCGUUUGUGUCUGAGACCCUGGAAAGCUGUUGGCAGUGACUGUAUUUAGUACCAAUCUAAAUACAAGAAGAACAGGGAACCUGUGACCCUCCGGAUCUCGUCAGCCGCAGCUUGCAUUAUUAUUAUUAAAAUAAAGGGUAGGAUGUUUCUGGUGGGACUGACAGGUGGCAUCGCGUCAGGAAAAAGCACAGUGGUUGCUAUGCUACAGGCAUUGGGCUGCGCUGUUAUUGAUGCUGAUGUUAUAGCCCGGCAAGUGGUCCAGCCACGUUUCCUGGCAUAUCGGCGUAUUGUGCACUCCUUUGGUCCUGAAAUUCUCUUGGAGACCGGUGAGAUCAACCGUGAAGCUCUAGGAAGCAUAAUUUUCUCUCAGCCGGAAAAGCGUCAGCUGCUAAAUUCCAUCACUCACCCUGAGAUCCAGAAGGAGAUACUGAAACAGAUUUUGAAAUACUUUGUGCUUGGCUAUCGGUAUGUCAUCCUGGAUAUCCCACUCCUUUUUGAAACCAACACACUGACCAAGUUCAUGAAACACACAGUUCUUGUGUACUGUGACCCCCAGACCCAGCUGGUCCGCCUGAUGCAGAGGAAUGGGCUGACCCGGGCAGAGGCAGAAGCACGCAUUGCCGCCCAGUUGCCCCUUGAUCAAAAGGUGAAACUGGCCAGCCAUGUAAUCGACAACUCGGGAGACCUUGAGACCACAAGGAAGCAGGCCCUGAAGUUGCACACCUCUCUGGAGGACUCCAUGGACUUCCUGCUGGUGCGCCUCUUGGCACUCACAGCAGCGGCUGGGGUUGGCAGUGUUGUGUAUUUUCUACUGCGGCAUCUCGUGGCUUAAUUUGCCACUGGUGGUGGUGGUGGUGAUGAGGAGGUAAGGUGGGACCAAACCCUUCCACGCUGGAAUUGUCGGUGUUGGGAACGGCAAUAGAGAUCCAGCGCCUUUCCAUAGUUUUGCCAUCUGAAUGCAAGUGAGUAAAAAGGCCUUUAAAAACCAGACAACAGCAUAUUGGCUACAGUCUUUCUAAAUUUUUUUAAAAACCCAGAAGAUGAAAGGUGGCCUCAUUCCCUCCACAGAGCUUCUUGGCUUUCUUUCUUUGCAGUGCCUUUGCAAAAGAUUUAGUUGCAGCUCUGGAGGGAAAAUGGUUGGAGACACAGCUUACUAAAGUUGGUGGGGAAUUUGGCCUCCUGGGUCUAGGGGCUGUCAGUGGGGAGUAGCUUGCUGACUACAAGUGAAAUGUCACAACAUCCAACAUCCUUUUCCUGUUCAUUUCCGAGGAUAAGCCCAUGGCAAAGUUACUUUUUAGAAAAGGAUCAUGUGCUUUAAAAAAAUGUGUCAUGGGCUUCUUCCCUCCCAUCUCAUACAUGGUGAAAUUUGGUAUUGACCACAUCCGUGAGAACUUUAUUUUCAGCGGGUUCUCCAGGAACCUGGUCAGUAUUGAAUAUUGCUUGCGGGGAAGUGCCCUCAGCCAGAAUAUUCUCUGUGGUGAACAGACAAGGAAUCUCUGAGGUAUGAAUAUACCCGGAGAGCUGGGACUGCUGUUUGUAGGAUGUUUGUUUACUGCAUUUCAUUUAACAUCUUUUUAUCAAUAUGACUUGUACAAUUCAAGUGUUGUAUAUACUAGUCCCACAAUAUAGUCUUGGUAAUUACAAACUGGAGCCUAUAGACUGCUUCUCUGUACCUGGCUUAUAUUCAAACUAAUUAGUGUAUUGGAUCUUAAUGCAUUCCAAAUAUGUGAUUUUCAAACUUCUUACAUUUCGGAAACCCUUAUCACAUAGAUUUGUCUGUUGAGGAAAACCUGUGCUUGCAAAAUCCUUGUGUGGCGAGGAGAAUACCCUGUUAAUUAAAGCACUGUCCAGGCUGAUCGUA